UUUGCGAAUUUUGUGCAAAUUAUUGAAAUUUAAAGUUUGGUCUCCAAUUAAUUGAAGAUUUAUAAAGGAUUUUCGUGGUGAUACUAAAAUUGUAAUGUGAUACAAUGCCUUCUGGGCGUAAGCGUUGGAAUCUUCAUGAUGGUCCACAAGGCUCGCUGAGAAGACUCCGGAAUCAGUUGGCGGAGGACGGAUGUGCCGAGUCUCAAGUAGUUUUGGCUAAACAACUCCUGGAAGAGAAAUGUGAAUUGGAAGCAGAUAAAAUAUCAAAUUUUAAACAAGCAUUGGACUGGCUAAUAUGUGCUACGGAACAGGCACACCCAGAAGCUCGAAGAAUGUUAAGAAGAUGUAUCCGGAGUGGUGUGAUAGAUGAGGACAGCGCCCCGAUAGUCCGGGCGAAGUCCUGCCUCGCAGCCAGCAGGCAGGAGACGGUGGCUAGGAAGGCCGCCAGAGACCUGUUCGCCAGUCUAUCGAACGGCGAGCAGUACAUAACGACGGCACAGUUGGAACGCCGCAUCCGCGAGAUCUGCACCACCACACUCAACAAGACCGACAUUGAGAAUGAGAAUGAAGAUGGAGACGAUGAGGUGGAAGAUCACGAACAGGCUCUGGAGCCGUCCCUGCAGGCCGGAGACCACGUGCACACCAACGGCACUGUCAGAACAGCUCAGGAUGCUGACGAUGACUAUCCCGACCGGUGUCAAAACGAGGAAAUCCGCAAUUUGACAGUUGACAACCUGGUGACAGCGGCUGUCAACUACUGUCAGGGCGAGUUGCCCCUGAUCAGUUGCGAGCUGACCCUAACAGACCCUAGUAUUAAGGCCCUAGACCAUAUCCCCAUAAUGCAGCAAGCUUUUCUCCACCCCCUACUAUUCAUACAGAUUUUGUACCUGAAAAUUCUCAUCUAUUUCGGAAAUUUUUCUUUCCGCCUCUCAAAUAUAGAACUAUCUCUUCUUUUAAUCGCCUAUUUGUCUAUAAGUACAGAGAAUGUCUAUCAUUUGGUGCCCCUUAUUUUGUACUAUAUUAGUAUCAUUGCAAUGGUUAUAUGUACUUUCAAAAUGUUACACGCUAAAAGACAGUUUGUGGAUUUCAGAAAAUGGUCAGGUUUGUUUCUGAGGUACAGCGAUGGGAAUCUACAACCAGAUGAAUCUGAAAAUUUGUUCCUCAGAAACAAUUUAGCUCCUUUCAUACAGUUUUUCCUAGCGUUAUUCAUAAAUUUGUUCCUUUACCCAUUCAUAGCGACCCAAUGGGUACCGUUUUCUGAAUUCUGCGUAUUAUCUUUCUGUCUCAUGUUCCUAUCUCUCUUCUCUUUCACGAAGCAAUCUUAUCCGGACGUGCUAGCGUUAAUUUCUUUUGGAAUCAACGUCCUAGCUAAGUAUCCAUACGAAAAGGACACCGUGGUACACCAAGGUUGGAGAUUCCUGGAUUUGCAUAUAUCGAAUUAUCCCUCUUAUAUCCUAGGCAAUAGUAUCGAGUUUUGCUUGAAUGCUCGCUUCUUCUUCUCACUCUUAAUACCAGUGAUUCUCAUUAUAAUGACUCGAAGAAAUAAUUGGCAGGGUUUUUUGAAGUAUACCCUACCGCAUUGUGUUACUCUGAGUUGGUUACAGAUGUUCAUAACAUGUUCCCAUGGUUGUACAACCUACGGUCUGAUACGAGGUACCCUGGCUCUGGUCUGCUCCUUCCUAUUCCUCCCCCUCAUCGGUAUAGCCACGGUAACCCUGCCUCUUUUCGCUUUUCUCCAAUAUGUGACUUUGUCGAAAGUUUUUUACACCGUGGCAAUUUUGGUUGGGUUUGUUAUUGGUUUGGGGGUAACUUGCUUGCUGGCUAAGUCGGAAGCUACGAAGAAAUUUGUUACACCUUUUCAGCUAUUCAUAGGACUAAUAGCACUUCUGUAUAUCGGAAAUCAAUUUAUAGUUAACGUGCAAGACGAAGGCAUACCUUCAGGCCUCAUAGAACUGAUUGGAGACGAAAAGAACAGCAUCAAAAACAUGCUAAAAUCCGAUUUCAUAGCCGAAUACGACGAAAACGCCUACCACAUAUCCUGGGAUGACUACUACAGACAAUGUCACGCGCCAUCUUGGCAAGAAUCCAACAUGGCAUCCACGCAGAUAAAGUGCGCCAUCUUGCACGGCGUGAAUGUCAAUUGGGAGGGCUAUGUUAAGGAAGUGAAGUUGCAAAGUGUCAAGAAUACACUAAAUGACAUAGCGAAUUGGCUACCCGGUAUUCUAUCGGAGUAUUUCAAGUGUUAUUAUGGUGAGGAGUUCUCGGUGGAAUGUGAUAAAAGUGAAGGAUGUGAGUUCUCAAGAACAGUGGCACGGCAGACUGGUAAAGUUUGCCAUUUGAAGAAUUAUGACGAGUAUACAAUCACAGUAACAGUCAAUAUGGAAGCGAGCGGCGGUCUUCUAAAACGACAUGCAGAAAUAAAUCUACUCUUCGACCACUACUUUAAAAACUUCACUCAACUACUACGAACAGACGACAAAAUACGCUUCAGAGGUGUGCUAGAAAACGAAAAAGACUCCUAUGACAUCGGCUCGAAAGAGAUAAACAUACGUGCGAGCGAGAUAGACUGUGUCGAGUGUAAGAAAGCGAGAGGUAUAGUCACUUCUAGAGUGCUGUCUUCUUCUAAAACUUCGGAGUUACUGAGAACUAUUGUGAAUGAUUGUGUCGUUUCUACAAAGCAUAUUCUAAAUUUCUUACUGAAUCCGAUUGUAGUGUUUAAAUAAUGUAGUCGAUUUUAAAACUAAAGUUUAUAAUAUACAAUAUUGAAAACA